UCUCAUGGAGUCCCUGGUGGAUGGGAACCACACUGCUGUCACAGGCUUUAUUUUACUGGGCUUAACAGAUGAUCCUGUCCUUCGAGUCAUCCUCUUCAUGAUGAUCCUAUGCAUCUACCUGGUGACCAUAUCUGGCAACCUCAGCACAAUCAUUCUAAUCAGAUUCUCCUCUCAGCUCCAUCACCCUAUGUAUUUUUUUCUGGCUCACUUGGCUUCUGCUGACAUAGGCUAUUCAUCUUCUGUCACCCCCAACAUGCUUGUAAACUUUUUGGUGGAGAGAAAUACAAUUUCCUACCUAGGAUGCACCAUUCAGCUUGGUUCAGCAGUUUUCUUUGGGACAGCUGAAUGCUUCCUUCUGGCUGCCAUGGCAUAUGAUCGCUUUGUGGCAAUCUGCAGUCCUCUCCUUUAUCCAACCAAAAUGUCCAUACAAGUCUGUGUCCAGUUAUUUGUUGUGACCUAUAUAGGUGGUUUUCUUAAUGCUUCCGCCUUUACCUUUUCCUUCUUCUCUUUAUCCUUCUGUGGACUAAAUCAAGUCAAUCAUUUUUUCUGUGAUUUUACUCCUUUAAUUGAACUCUCCUGUUUUGAUACCAGUGUCCCUGCAGCUGUUCCCUCAUUUUCUGCUGGUUCCAUAAUUGUGGUCACUGUGUUUGUCAUAGCUGUCUCCUACAUCUGCAUCCUCACCACCAUCCUGAAGAUGCGCUCCAGGGAGGGGCGACACAAGGCCUUCUCCACCUGCACUUCCCACCUCACUGCAGUCACUCUGUUCUAUGGGACCAUUACCUUUAUUUAUGUGAUGCCCAAGUCCAGCUACUCAACUGACCAGAACAAGGUGGUGUCUGUGUUCUACAUGGUGGUGAUCCCCAUGUUGAACCCAAUAAUCUACAGUCUGAGAAAUAAGGAGAUUAAAGGGGCGCUGAAGAGAGAGCUUGGUAGAAAAAUAUUAUCUUAG